AACAUGAAGUGAAUUCUUAUUAAGUUUACUUUCUGAGUUGUUUUUAUUGGUUCCUAGAUUUGUAAUUUGUAGAAAAUGUCUCAUCAACUAGAACUACUGACCGAGAAUCCUUCACAAUGGACAACGGUAUCAUUAAUUACGCCAGAAAUACAGAAAAAGGAAAUCAAACCUUUUGUGUUGUUGGCUCUAAAGGAGUUGGAGGGAAAUCCAGAUAGCAGAAUGAGGAAUCUUAUGAAUGCAGAUAAAUUUUCAGCAGUUAGAUCAGUGGUACGGCAUGUAUCUAGACUAAGAUCUGCUCACAGAGAGCCUUGGGUUGCAGAAGAUGUACAGCUAUUUUUAGAAAGCCUUAAAUUCAACACUGAGUGUGUUAGUGAAUUAACAACUUUAUUAUGUACAGAUAAAAUAUAUACAAAUUUACAAAGACAUUUGAGGAUCAAACCAGGUAUUGAAAGUUUGCAGUGGAAGAUUGAUGUAUCAAUGAGCCAAAACAACAUUCGCCAUGAAAAUCCAACUCCAGAAAGAAGAAAAGAGAUCCUUUUUAGAGAUACCCAAGUUAUACUAACAUUAUGUCUAACAGAUGGAAAGAAAUAUAUUUACCGAUUAACGUUAAGUAAGUUUCACGAAUUGAGAUAUUUGAUAGCAAGUGCAUUGAAGAGUAUGAUUGUUUUAGAGAAACGUAAAUGUAUGAGGAGAGACUGAUAGCAUUUGAUAAGAAAAUGUUUUUGAAACUGUUGAUUUUACGUUUAUAAAAGACUAUUGUUGUCUGAACAGUAAAUCUGCUUAAAGUGGAUUAGAUUGUUUGAUUAUAUUAUUUUAUUAAUAUUGUUAAACUAAUAAAAAUUUAUUGUUUUGCUUUAUAUGGAGCUGUUUAGUUAAUAGGCUAGGCUGUUAAUUGUACGGCUUAUUAAGCUAGUUAGCUGCGACAUAUAUAUGGUAUAAUAAAAAAAACGAGUGUGCUUAUGACCACACGACUGAAGUGAAACUUCUUUUGCUCCAUCUGUAUGUAUAUAUAUAUGUGUACAAUAUAUACAUGUAUGUACAUAUACAUAUAUUAAUUUUCUACAAAUAUU